AUGAGUUCAGGUCGAAGCCGCCCAUAUGGCAAAGCGAGGCUACAGCCGCUCAUCUACUCCAUAGCGCAGGAUCAAGCCUACGCGAGGCCAACUACGCCGCAGUCUGGUACCAUCCCCUCUUUUCAGGUGCGGUAUAUAGCGCUGGUGACGCACACGCCGGGUCAGUUCCAAGCAUCCCAUCCCAUCAUGGUCGUAUUUACCUUCGUAGCCGAGCCCCCGCGGGGCCCGGCCCCGCAGGGCACGUCGAACUGGUCCCCGACGAUACCCGCUACCCCACCUACGCCUACACCGUGGACCGCGGGACCGAUGGCUGCAAGACAUGAGCAUCAGCAAGAAAGCCGUAGACGGGACAUGUACAAGUGA